AUGCCGACCUGUGGCGAGUCCAUCUUGGCAGCAGCAGCCCUCACGACAGGCUGGCUCUUGCCCGCCAAACUCUCCCUGCUGGAGCGGCUUCGCCGCUCUUCUUGGCUGAGGCGCCUGGAGGCCGAGUUGUGGGGAGAGGCGCCAGAGGAGGCCGUCUGCGAUGGGAUGGCGGUGCGCUACCGACUCUUUGGUCCCCACACGGCGGGUCCCGUCCUCCUGGCCUUCCAGAAGUCAGGCGUUCCUUGCGAAGCCCUGGCGCGGCGCUUCCCGGAAACUGGGCUGAGGGUGCUGGAAGUCGAAGGUGGCGUGGCGGAAGCCCAGUCACUGCUGAAGCACCUCCAACUCAGGCCCCUAGCGCUGGCGGCUGGCAGCGUCUCCGCGCUCAGUGACGCCGAAGCUCUUGGCAUGGCGCUCUGGGUCGCUGACACAUCAGCUUCAGCCUCCCUGGAGGAGCGCGCCCGCUUCUACGCCCUCAUGGCAGAAAGGAGCUGA